AUGCCCAUCGGCGUCCCGCGCGUCCCGUACAAGACCCCGAACGAAAACUCGUGGCAGUGGGUCGACAUCUGGAACUGCCUCUACCGCGAGCGCAUCGUGUGGAUCGGCCAACAGAUCGACGACGAGCUCGGGAACCAGCUCGUCGCGACGAUGCUCUACCUGGACACCACGGAUAAAUCCGGGAAAGACAUCUACCUGUACAUCAACAGCGAGGGCGGCGAGGUCGUCCCGACGAUGGCCAUCCUGGACACGAUGAAGCACAUCAAGAGCGACGUCGGAUGCGUCGGGUUCGGAUCCGCGCGCGCGAUGGGAGGCGCGUUUUAUCUCACACUGGUCCCCAUACGACCCCGGAUGCUGCUCGCGUGCGGCGCCAAGGGGAAACGCGCGGCGCUGCCGAACACGUGCAUCAUGCUGCAUCACCCGUCCGGGGCGGCCAGAGGGGCGGCGUCGGAUAUCAACAACGAGGGGCGGGAGUUACUGAAGAUCCGGGCGAAGAUUAACGACAUGAUCGCGGGCGCGACGGGGCGGCCCGCGAGCGAGAUUCAGGAAAACAUUCGACGCGAUUUCCAUCUCACCGCGGAGAAGGCUUUGGACUACGGCGUGAUCGACAAGGUCUUGUACAAGCGCCGCGGCGUGGGGGCGCGUUAG